GCCCGCCUGCCGGUGGGAACCGCGGCGGCGGCGGCAGCCUGGCCGUGAGAGCGUAGGGUGGCGCGGCCCGGAACCGCAGCCCCGGCCGCUGCGGGCGCGACGCGAAGAGGCCCGAACUAACCGCGUACGACGAGCCGCGGGCGCCCGCGGGGGACCUAAGGAGGAAGAGGCCGCAGUACCGUUCCCCUUAUCGCUGGCGGCAUGAGCCACUUCCAGAUCCCGCCUGGGCUCACGGAGCUUCUUCAGGGCUACACGGUGGAGGUGCUGCGGCGGCAGCCGCCGGACCUCGUGGAGUUCGCGGUGGAUUAUUUCACCCGCUUACGCGAGGCCCGCGUUCCAGCCGCCGCCGCCGCCCAGACAGACGACCCCGAGCCGGAGCCCGAGGUGGGCCCCGGCCCCGACGCGAGCAGCGAGACGGAGGACGACGACGAAGAGGACGUGGAAGCUCCGGCUCCAAGCAGAUUUAAUAGACGAGUAUCAGUGUGUGCGGAAGCUUAUAACCCUGAUGAGGAGGAAGAAGAUACUGAUCCACGGGAACAGCUUUCUGAAGUUCUUGAUGCCAUGUUUGAAAGAACAGUCAAAGUAGAUGAGCAUGUCAUUGACCAAGGAGAUGACGGAGACAACUUUUAUGUCAUAGAACGGGGAACCUAUGACAUUUUAGUAACAAAAGAUAACCAAAUGCGUUCUGUUGGUCAAUAUGACAACCGUGGCAGUUUUGGAGAACUAGCUCUGAUGUACAAUACUCCGAGGGCUGCUACCAUUGUUGCCACUUCUGAAGGCUCCCUGUGGGGAUUGGACCGGGUGACUUUUAGAAGAAUCAUAGUGAAAAACAAUGCAAAAAAGAGGAAGACGUUUGAAUCAUUUAUUGAGUCUGUGCCACUCCUUAAAUCAUUAGAGGUGUCAGAACGAAUGAAGAUUGUUGAUGUGAUAGGAGAAAAGAACUAUAAGGAUGGAGACCGUAUAAUCACUCAGGGUGAAAAAGCUAACAGCUUUUACAUCAUCGAGUCUGGUGAAGUACGCAUUAUGCUUAGGAGCAAGACUAAAACAAACAAGGAUGCUGGGAGCCAGGAGGUUGAGAUUGCCCGCUGCCACAAGGGGCAGUACUUUGGAGAGCUCGCACUCGUCACCAACAAACCUAGAGCUGCGUCGGCUUAUGCAGUUGGAAAUGUCACCUGCUUAGUUAUGGAUGUUCAAGCAUUUGAGAGACUUUUGGGGCCCUGCAUGGACAUUAUGAAGAGAAACAUCUCACACUAUGAAGAACAGCUAGUGAAGAUGUUUGGCUCCAGCUUGGAUCUGACCGACCCGGGGCAAUAGAUGUGCCACCUUCCAGAGCCUUCUCAGUGUGACACCAGAACCUUCCAGUCAGCCACAGAACACAUACAGAAAAUAGACACGACAGAACCGUUCCUACUGUUGCCACCACUGCUGCGAUUGCUGUGGUUUGGGGCAUUUAGAAAAUUUGAAAGUCAGCAUUGGACCGGGGAUGUAGCUCAGUGGCACAGCACCUGCUUGGGAAGUGUGAGGCCCUGAGUUCAAUCCUGGUAUCAAAAAAAAAAGAAACAGAAAAAGUCAGCACUGAAGGAUAAGCAGAGGUUUGACUCACACCUCCACUUUGCUUUUGAAAGCCCAUUAUUAAACCACUUGUAAUGAUUACUCCAACCCAGUUUUCGCAUCUUUGGUUCAGAAUGGCAUGUCUCUCCAACAAUUUAAGUGCCUGAUACAAAGUCCAAAGUGUAAACAUCCUCCUUUCCUCUCUUGCUGCUACUAUUACUUUUGGAAGUUACCAUAAAUAAGGUCUGCAGAAACUUGUAUAACUGUAGAUUCCCUCCUCUGGUCUUUCUAAAGGGCGGAAACAGCCUUUAGUCUCCUCAUCUGUCCUUUAAGAAAAUCCACAGUGUGUUCACAAUUGCUGCCUUUGGUUUUACAUGAAAAAAUGGUACCAGAUGUGUUGGAGGUCCAUGGUUCACUGGCAUUACGCUGUCUGCUAGUGACAUCACAUGCCAUAGUUGUUUGCAGGACUGAGGUGAUACAUAUGGAAAGCCUGGCUGGUUAAGGCUCCAAAGCAGACUGAGGUUAAAAAUCUAUGCUGGAGCUUUAAAAAUUGGAUCCAGCACAUUUUACCAGUAGUAGGGAGCCAGGAAAGGUUUUCUGGGUUAGAGAUUUUUCUUUUGUUUUGGUGGACAUUGUUUUUAAUCUUUGCAGUUUGCAUGAAUGAAUGAAUUGCCAUCUGUUGAUAAGGAGCUGGGGUGACCAUUUAGCUCAUUUGGUUAGAGCGUGGUGCCUACAGAAGUAGCCAGAGUCUGGAGGUGCUGUUGCUUUAUCUGAGCAAAAUACUUUUCAGCAGGUCCUGCCAUUUCUUGUUCCCAGUUGCAUUUACUAGCAAAUGGCAGUAUACUGACAAGAAAGUGUGCUACACAGACAGCCCUUUCCUUCUACUUCAGUUGUUGCAUAGUUUGGUUGUUGAACCAUCUGUUCUAAAACUGUUUAGGAGCCUUUUUUUUUUAAAAUGUAUUUCAGUGGGAAAUGAUGAUGUACACUUGUAGUCCGAGCACUGGGGAAGCUGAGAAAGGAUUUCUACAAGUUCCAGGCCAGCUUGGCUGUUAAGGGAAUUCCCUUUGGAUGUAUUCAUCAAUAUGGAGCUUGCCAGCUGCCCUAAACAUUCAUUCUAAAGUUCCAGAAAGUGUUAGUGUUAGUUUCCAAAAAUUGGCAUCGUUGGGACUGGAGAUAAAGCUCAGUGGUAGUGUACUCACUCUGUAGGCAUGAGGCUCUGGAUUCCCUCCUCAACACCACGCAAAAGAAAACAAAAGGCAUCAUUUACAGUUUCAUUAAAGUACUGUAAGACCUUUCUAAUUAAGAUGUUGAAAUAUUUGGGGUUCUAAUUGUUCAUCUCCAAAGAAGGUAAUUUAACUUGUAUUUAAAAUGUUUUUAACCUUUUAAGUUUAGUGGGUAAAAUUCUAAUGAAUGAUCCUAAUUAGCUGUAUUUCAGAAUGAUUUUUUUAAGUGAUCAGAAUGACUUAGACUCAGAUACUACAAGGGAUCCAUGAAGUAGAACUCUUUUUUUUGAGACUACCCUGGGUAAUCUGUGUUGCAACUCUUAGACUCUUGAAAGGUUGUUUGUAACUAAUCCUCCAAAACAGGCAGCUAGUUCUGGGAAAUCCCAUGUGGUGAUCCCGUGAUUUUUCUAAGAUUCUUUUCUAUAGUGUUACUUUAUUGUCAAGUAAACUCAAAAGCGGGUCUUGUACUUCACUAGACAAGAGUCACACCUGUUUCUUGCAAAGAUAGCAGGUGCGUUGGGCUUCAAGAGUGACACACAAGUCCAGCCCAAGACUUUGAUAGGACUGUGUUUGAAUGCUGAGAAAAUGCCCCCCGGCCACCUUUUCAUGCCAGCAUCAGGGCUGUCUGACUCCUGUGCCAGUUGUCCUUUCAGGCUGCUAGGGAUGAGCCUGCUCACAAGUCCUGCUCUGUCUUUCCUUUUACAAAGCCUUCCUUGACACCCUGACACAUUGAUGGUACUGUUUUACAGGUGAGCAUUCACCAUGUUCAUGUCCUUCUGCUUUUACUCCAGUGGACAUAGGCUCGUCAGUCCAGACCCUCACUGCGUGUGAGUCCCCUGGGGAGGAUAGGCCCCUACCUUGAGGGAAGGAGACAUUAAAGAGAACAGCAUUAGUGAGAAAGAACAAAGCCAUUACUGCAGUGUUCCACUUUCCUUUGCAGUUUGGAGAAUCCAAGAUACAGACCAAGUUUGACUGAAGGCUGAGGUGUCCCCAUUGUGCUGAGCAAGCUUGACCCUGGCAGCUGAGUCUCACAGGGAGGAAUGCAUGUUGGAAAGAGAUUCCUUUGUUGUUU